AUGGAUCAUCAUGUCCUGCGGUGGGCGUAUUUUUUAUCGGGGUUUCGGUAUAAGAUCGAAACAAUCAAGUCGGAGCAAAACGGGAAUUGCGACGCAUUGUCGCGCCUGCCAAUUUGCGACGAUACCAAUGUAUUCGGAGCUGACUUUACGCCAAUUUACAACAUUAAAGAAAAUGUUGCACUAGACUGGCAAGCAGUCCAAAGGGAAACAAAAACAGAUGAAUUAUUGAGCAAGAUUAUGAAAUUUUGUACACUCGGUUGGCCAAGCAGCUGUAAGAAUUCGGCAGACAUCACAAGCAGUUUGUUUGCUAAAAGGCAUGAAAUUUCGAUAGAGGACGGUUGCCUAUUUUGGGGCAACAGGAUAAUAAUUCCCGAAUCCUUGCAGCUCGGCUUGAUCAAAGAGUUUCACGCAUCACAUUUAGGGAUAAUAAAAAUGAAAGCAUGGGCGAGAUCGUACGUGUGGUGGCCCAAUAUCGAUAUCGAUCUCGAGAACGCAGUCAAAUCGUGCGACAUCUGCUUAAAGAAUCCAAAAAAUCCACCACACGCACCUCUCACACCGUGGCCAUGGCCGCACAACGUUUGGAAGCGCAUCCACCUCGACUUUCUAGGCCCCUUUUAUGGCAACAUGUACUUAGUAGUGAUCGAUGCGCACUCAAAAUGGCCAGAGUUCGUCGGAUUCGGCAAUAACACAAAGGCGAGCGCGCUGAUCGACGCAUGCCAAGUAUUAUUCGCGAGAUACGGACUACCAAGACACGUGGUGUCUGACAAUGGCCCACAGUUCACCGCGGCGGAUUUUAAAGAAUUUCUCGAAAAGCAAGGGGUCAAACAAAGCUUCUCACCCCCAUACCACCCGCCGAGUAAUGGGGCCGCGGAGAACUUCGUAGGCACGUUCAAAAACAAAGUCGCGAAACUUGUCGAAGGGAAAAAGAGUGUAAAAGAGGCAAUAAACAUCUUCCUAUUCGAUUACCGUAGCUCGCCACAUUGCACGACGGGAAAAUCACCCGCUUGCCUUUUCUAUAAACGGGAGCUGCGCACGCGUUUCGACAAACUAAGGUCGAGGUUAGCGGACAAAGUCCAAACAAAACAGCAAGCUCAAGUCGACGCCCGCCCGCACUCGCGGAAUGUUGUACUAGAGCCCGGCGAUGCAGUCUGGGUCGACAACCACCCGAAAACCGGCGGCAAACGCGUCGAGGCAGAAAUUGCAAAGGCUUUGUCUCCAUCAACAUUCGAAGUACAGCUAAAAUCAGGUGCCACAUUAAAGCGGCACACUGACCAGAUUGUGAAGCCAACGCGCCGUUCGGCUAUAAUCGCUAAUCGUAAGGCAUGA